AUGUCGUCAUCAUCAGAUGAAAAGAAGAGUAUCCUCAACUGGGUGGACCCCAAAGACAAGUCUGGGGAAUUCAAGAGACAAACUUCUCAAUUCCGCAACUUCAUCUCCAAGGAAGCGGGAGCUGAGUUCCCUGCUGAAAAGGACCGCUAUCAUCUCUAUGUCUCCUACGCCUGUCCGUGGGCCCACCGAACUCUCAUUGUCCGCAAAUUGAAAGGUCUAGAAGAUUUCAUCACCUUUACGAGUGUCCACUGGCACAUGGCAGAGAAAGGAUGGCGAUUCGCAACCCCCUCAGAAAAAGAUCUCCCAGGAGAAAACACCAUCCCGGACCCCCUCCACGAAGGCUUCACGCACAUCCAAGACGUAUACUUUGAAAGCGACCCCAACUACGCCAGUCGCUUCACCGUGCCCACGCUCUACGACAAAAAGGCAAAGAAAAUCGUCAGCAAUGAAAGCAGCGAAAUCAUUCGCAUGCUCUAUCAUGAAUUCGACCAUUUAUUACUAGAGGGUAAAUCCAAGGAUCUGGAUCUUUUGCCCGAGGAUUUGCAAAAGGAGAUCGAGGAGACUAAUGAGUGGACGUAUAAUGAUAUUAAUAAUGGGGUUUAUAAGAGUGGUUUUGCUACUACGCAGGAAGCUUAUGAGAAGGCUGUUACUACGCUUUUCAAAGCUUUGGAUCGGGCAGAGGCGCAUUUGGAGAAGUCUUCGGGGCCGUAUUAUUUUGGGGAGAGAGUUACUGAGGUUGAUGUUCGCUUGUUCACGACCAUCAUUCGAUUCGACGCCGUCUAUGUCCAGCACUUCAAGACCAACCUUCGGGAUAUCAGGAGUGGAUAUCCUGCUCUUCACAAAUGGGUCCGCCACCUGUACUGGAACAACCCAGCAUUCGGCAGCACGACCGAUUUCACACACAUCAAAGGCCAUUACACGCAGAGUCACAAGCAGAUUAAUCCUUUUGGGAUUACGCCUUUGGGACCCGUUCCUGCGAUUUUGCCGCUGGAUGAGGAGGUUGCUGCUGCUGGCGGUAAAGGUGUGGGAAAGUAA